GAUUGGUGUGAACUGGCAUUUCAGCUUUGCUGUCCCUCUGUGACUUUCCUUAACUUUUCUUGUCUCAACACUUCAUUCAUAAGUGUUUGUGGUCAUCAACAGACUUCAUCCUCCGUUCCGCAUGAUGUCUGCUUGGUCCGGGGAGGACAGCUUCGCCUGUCCGGUGUGCCUGGACAUCUUGAAGGACCCUUCAACUCUGCCAUGUGGACACUCCUACUGCCUAUCCUGCAUCCAGAGUCACUUUGACAAGGAGCUCAGCAAGGGUCAGUACAGCUGCCCCCAGUGUAGGCAGAUCUUCAACCCUCGGCCUUCUUUGGCCAGAAGCACGGUGCUGGCAGAGGCCAUGGAGAAGCUGAGGACCGGCAGCUUCAGGGAAGGCUCCAACGCAGCCGCCGCCCCCUCAGCCCCGCCAUCAAUGCCUAUUUAUCUAGAGGUUCUACCAGCUGUGCAGCCAAGGAAGGACAGCGUAUACCCCCAGCUUCCUCCAGUGGAAACCAAACUCUGCCCUCAACACAACCGGCCUCUGGAUCUGUUCUGCUUGGAGGACAAAGAGUGUGUCUGUGAGGGCUGCUGCCAGUAUGGACACAGGGGUCACCGUGUGCUCAAACAACAGGACGAAAGAAAAGAAAGACAGAAAGAGAUUAUUCAGAUGCAGGCAGAGGUGCAGAGGAGAAUCCAGGAGACAGAAAAGAAUCUCAGCAUGCUCCCACAUGCUGCUCGUCAACACAAGGCCAUGAUGCAAGCGCUGGAACGAGAGAGCUCAGGUGUUUUCUCCGAGUUGGUCAAAAACUUGACUCAAACCGGAGCUCAAAUCGCCGAGCUCCUCGGUAGCCAUGAAAGCAGCUUGGGGAACGACGUGGAGGGCCAGAUCCAGAGACUUGAGCAGGAGGUGGCGCAGCUUCAUUGGAGGAGUGAGGAGCUGAAAAGGCUGGCUGACAUGCAGGACAAUGUUUGCUUCUUGAAGAAUUUCUUCCUGAUGGAGCCGCUGGAGCCAAAAGAUGGUGCAGCAGAGUCGGUGUUGAGUCAGGAGGAAGCCAUUGCAACCUCACUUCGUUCAGUCAUCAAAGAACUACAAGAGUCCAUACAGAACGUAUCCAAAACCAGCAUAGACAAGAUCGACAAACUAGUGAACUGUAAAUCUGUGGCUCCAACUCCCAACGGUGUGGGAGCGGCUGAAGCAGCAGCUGAAGCAGCAGCAGCAGCAGCAGCUCCAGCUCUCCCUGACUACUCUGGCGGGGCCACAGCGAGCGCCGCAGAGGCAACAAAUCCUCCACCUUUGCCACCUCUACGUACUUUACCUCAAACUCAAGUGAUGGAACCGCCCAGAGUGGGGCGCUCUGCAAGUCAUCAAGCCUCACCCUCAUGUCCACCCUUCCCGCCUCCUCGGCCUCGAGCCUCCCUAAACAUACCUGGUGGUUACAUGAAUCCAGAGCCUAAAACUAGAGAGGAGAUGUUGAAAUUUCGCUUCGAGCCUACCUUUGACCCCAACACGGCAUAUCGCCACGUGCACGUGUCAGACCACCACAAGGCCAUUCUGAAAGGAGAGAACCUGAACCCACCGGAUCAUCCCGACCGCUUCACGUUCUGGAGACAGGUUCUAUGCAAGGAGCCCCUGGCGGGCAGCCCUUACUACUGGGAGGUGGAAUGGACCGGCAAGAAGGUGACCAUUGGUGUAGCUUACAGGGAGAUGGCGCGGGAUUCCAACGACAACAGCAGUCGUUUGGGCCAUAACGGAUUGUCGUGGGGACUGUACUGGUCUGGAACUGGCUUCUCAUUCUGGCACAAUAACCAGGAGAAACUGCUGGGCGCACCCAAAGCCAGAAGGAUCGGCAUUUACCUGGACCAGCACGUGGGGAUUCUGAGCUUUCACAGCAUCGCCAACAACAAGGCGACCCUCAUCCAUCGGCACCAGACGCAGUUUACUGGGGCACUGUACCCAGGGUUUAGGUUUUGGUCAGGGGUAGGAGAUACUGUGACUAUUUGCCAACUGGACUGAGAUAUUUGUCAUAAAUGAUUUACCAGCUUUUGAUAUUAAGUGUGUUAAAGCAACUUAGAUCUUAUUUCUCAGGGUCUUCUUCUCUCACUCUAUAAAAAGAAAAGCAUCUCUUAGAAAAUAAUGCUCUGCGUACGUUACAUGCUUGUGUUGUUUUUAAAAAUCUAACUAAAUAAAGACUUAUCAAACUCCCA